GUCUGACGCCGGAUAAAAGUUUAAGAAACGUUCUUCCGCCACUCUCCACCCAAAGGCAUAAGACCAGUAUUCGACAUACAAUUGUCAAUACCCCAUACUUUGUCGUAAGCCAUGAGCCUGCUUAAAAGGACACUCGGCACCUCUAUACUUGACAGAGUGGGGUAUAAGACGAUUGUAUAAAUAAUGAGCUGUGGUGCAGAAUGAUUCAGUGUUACGCCCUUUCUUCACCACCUCAACAACGAUGACACAAAUGCCAACUUUAUCCAUCUUUACGGCCAGCGUCGGCUUUCACACUGCUGGUCAUACACUUCCAUCCAAAUUACGAUCAAUCGCGAAUGCAGGAUUCGAAGCUGUUGAAAUAUUUCAAGAUGAUUUAGAUGCUUUUGCAGCAAGUGAUGAAUUCGCAAUCAUUUACAAAGCUCUUACACCUCCUUCCAGUCCACAAUACGGUAAACGAGUAUUACACGAUAAUGAAAUCGCUUCCACUUCUUCAACGACAUUAUCAAACGAAACUGUCACACAAGAAAAGACAGCUUGGAAUGCACACGGUCCAUGUACUCCAUUUGAAGCACAACGUGAGAUCGUUUGCGCAAGUUAUAUUCGUGGCAUUUGUGCUUCUUUAGGUUUACAAAUCUUAUCUUUACAGCCAAUGCGUGACGUUGAAGGAUGGAAAGAUUCACAAAAACGCAAACAUGCAAUCGAACGUGUUCGAUCAAGGUUUGCAGUCAUGCGUGCGCUAGGAACGGAUUUGCUUUUGUGUUGCUCGAAUUGUCAACCAGAGGAUCAAAUCACAAAUGAUAUCGAUCAGUGUGCGGAAGAUUUCGCUAUCCUUGCUGAUGAAGCAGCACGAUUUGAAACGACAAUCACACCAAUGCUCAAUGAAAACACAAUCAUCGCACCACAACAACAAUCAACCAAACCACUUAGAAUCGCAUUCGAAGGUUUAAGUUGGGGAACAUAUAUUGACAGAUGGGAUCAAGCUUAUGCGAUUGUUGAAAAAGUUGAUCGAAAGAACUUUGGCUUAUGCUUUGAUAGUUUCAAUACACUUGGACGUCAAUUUGCUGAUCCAUGCAGUCCAAGCGGUAUUCAAGAACCAAUCGCAGAAACUGAAAAGGCGUUAAAGGCCUCUCUUGAAGCUAUUCCCGUUAAAGUUCCAGCCGAAAAGGUUUUCUUCCUUCAAGUCGGUGAUGCACGAAAGAUGCAAGUUCCACUUGAACCUUCUCCUAAUCCAAACGAACCACGUCCUGCACGUAUGAUUUGGAGUAGAGGUAACCGAUUAUAUCCAGGAGAGUUUGACCGUGGUGCUUUUAUGCCUACUUUGGAUUUCGUUAAAGCAGUUCAUUCUACCGGUUAUAAGGGUCCUUGGUCUAUUGAAGUCUUUAACUCUUCCCUCCAUGAGCCUGGGCAAGAAGUGCAAAAAGAACAUGCAGAACGUGGUCACAAAGGGUUGGUUUGGCUCAUCAAUCAAGUCAUUACAGCUUGAGAUAUCAUUUGUAAAAGUAGUCACAUACAUAUCAAAC